CACAUCCCAGGUUUGCAUCAGAUAGCAAACAAUUUGUGUUCAGCAUUCGUUUGUUAAAGCCAUAACGCUUGUGUGUUUUUGUCCUUUGAAUCAGAUCAGGAGGAUAAGAGCUCAGGUAAAAUCCCCUCACCACUUAAGACGUUAGGGCUGUCUCUUUUUUUUUCUCCAUGGUAACGGUCCCAUGGCAACCAGAAUGAGUACCAGUUAAAUUCGUAGUACUCCAUACUCCCUCACACCUUCCCCACUACCUCCAUCACUCCCUCCCUCCCCCUUCCUCUCUCUCUCUCUCAUUCUCUAUCUCUAUCUCCUCCAAAGCUUUCCAUUUCAGUCAGAAUAAGAAAAAAGGGGUUAGGUUUAGCACACGUGCGUGUCUGCAUGUGAGUCAGCCGCAUCUUCAGCACCUGGGACUUAACCUCCAGCCUCCGCAGAGGAAGCUGCAUCCCUGACACUAGGAUCCUCAGGAGAAGACCGCGACUGUCUGCUCUUCGGGUUUGUUAAUCAGGACUCUGGGUGUAUAAGAGAGGAGAGGGAGGUCGACAUGGGCUCCAGCUCCUCCUCCUAUGCCCCUAAAUCCAUUUACCUGGAUGUGGAUGGGAAGGUGCAAAAGGUGGUGUUCAGCCGCCACUGCAGUCCAUGUGACAUCAAGGAGCUUCUGUGUUCCUCAUCCAACAUUCCCAGGAACACUGCCAUCAUGAUGGUGGAUCCAGAAGGUGCCUUGGUCUCCAUUGAUCCCACCAUGCCCACCAACUCUCCCAACUCUUUGUACAAAGUUGUCCCACUGUCUACCGGUCAGCUUGGAGAGAAGGAGGACAUGUUUCAGAAUGUGUUGUCCCAGGUGGCUGAUCAGUUCAGCAGGGCCUUUCGCAUCAAUGAGUUAAAGACCGAGGUGACCAACAGGCUAGCCAUGUUGGAAAAGAGAGUGGAAUUGGAGGGCUUGAAAGUAGUCGAGAUUGAGAAGUGUAAAAAUGAUCUGAGGAAGCUACGGGAUGAAAUGACUUCAAGAGGUGGUGGCAGGGUUAACUGUCCGUGCAAAUACAACUUCUCAGACGAUGGGAAGAAGGUCACUCCCAGGCGAGAUGUCCCCAAUUACCCAAAGUACACACUCUCUCAGGAGACCAUUGAGGCGCUGAAGAAGCCAACGUUCGAUGUCUGGCACUGGGAACACAAUGAGAUGCUGAGCUGUCUGGAGUACAUGUACCAUGACUUGGGACUGGUGAAGGAGUUCAACAUGAACCCCAUCACACUCAAACGCUGGCUGCUGGCAAUUCAAGAGAACUACCGUAACAACCCUUUCCACAACUUUCGUCACUGCUUCUGUGUUAGUCAGAUGAUGUAUGGCAUGAUUCACCUGUGCAACUUACAGGAGAAGCUGACUCUCACAGACAUGGGCAUUUUAAUGACAGCUGCAGUGUGUCAUGACCUGGACCACCCCGGCUACAACAACACGUACCAAAUCAACGCUCGCACAGAGCUGGCAGUGCGCUACAACGACAUCUCUCCGCUGGAGAACCACCACUGUGCCGUGGCCUUCCAGAUCCUUUCUCUUCCUGAGUGCAACAUCUUUGCAAAUGUGGACCCCGAGGCGUUCAAACAGAUCCGACAGGCAAUUAUCACCCUCAUCCUGGCCACUGACAUGGCACGACAUGGCGAGAUACUAGACUCCUUUAAGCAAAAAGUGGACAACUUUGACUUCACCAACGAAGAGCACGUGACAUGCCUCAAGAUGGUUUUGAUCAAGUGCUGCGAUAUUUCCAAUGAAGUGAGGCCAACUGAAGUGGCUGAGCCGUGGGUGGACUGUCUACUGGAGGAGUACUUCAUGCAGAGUGACAGGGAGAAGUCAGAAGGUCUGCCAGUGGCCCCUUUCAUGGACAGAGACAAAGUCACCAAGCCCACAGCUCAGAUCGGGUUCAUCAAGUUCGUCCUCAUCCCGAUGUUUGAGACUGUCAUGAAGCUUUUCCCUCAGAUUGAAGAGAUCAUGGUUCAACCUUUGAGAGACUCUCGUGACCACUAUGAGGAGCUGAAGCAGAUUGAUGAUGCCAUGACAGAGGCACAGAAGAAAAAAACUGAAAAUAUGUCAUUAGGCGGGAAGAAGAAGUAAGCUCUGCAGUGGGUGAGGGCAGUGGUAUUCGUGGGUCUCCUUUUGUGAUCAAAUACAGGAAGGACUUCAACAAACGUGAGUGAGGCCCCAGUGAAGACACUCUGUGUUCAGAAGAUGACAGACGGAGCAGGAGGGCAUGACAAAAAAAAAAAGAAAAAGAAAAAGAGAGUGAGAGAGAGAGAGAGAGAGAGAGAGACCACUUGGCUACAUACUGAACUAAAUUUAGGCGUCACGGUGGCAUAUCUUGAACUUUGACUUAGACUUUUGCACUGGAUGUUACAGAGACGGACCUGUUGACCUCUCUGUGUAUUUAUGGUGUUUAUGUUGUUAUUUUUGUUUCAUAGUGCCUCAAAGAGUUUGAAGGAACAGUAUGAUCGAUUGAUUGCCAUGCAUUUUACCAAUCACUUCCGAGCAGGCCGAACGGACCAAAGGUUUGGGAAAUUUUUCAGCUAAACGAUAAAUAACUUCCUUUUAUUGUCCCAAUUUCUUUAGUAGAGAAAUAAAAUGCACCAAAGUGAGACGUUUACACCUCACUGUAGCAAUAAGGUUUUGAUUGAUAUAGUGCAUGGUGAGUGUUUUCCAUAAGAAUAAUGCAGCUUCAUGCAUAAACACACACACACAUACACACACACACAAAAACGCAGUUCGUUAGACUCACAACAUUUUUAGAUGUAUUUUUUCAACACUUUUUGACUAAAUAAAACCAUCCAGAACCA